AUGCUCCUAAAUCAGGUAGUCAGCUGUUUGGAGUGUUAUCAUUACCCCUCGGAAAAAGCACCGGAAAAAUAUACCUUGGAUUGCCCGUAUAAACCUCCUCGUCCAAGCUCCAUCAAGAGCGUGCCAGUCGUCAUGGAAUGGAGGGGCUGUAAGAAUUUUAUCACGGUAAAGCAACAGAAACUGGGAAAGGGACCAUUCUUCCGUUGGGAUAUAAACUACCUAGAAAAUGGCUCCCUAUUGUCUGACGAAACAAUGGCGAUAGGGCGUGGUGUGCUUUCGGUACUUAAGGGCACCGAGAAUGCGGCACACCUUGGUACUGCGUUAUAUUGGGAUAAUGAAGAGCAUGAUUUUUGGCUUCGGUGUCAUUUUCUUUUUGGGGUGACUCGAUAUCCAUUGAAAUCUCUAUUAUCAUUAAACAAGGGUGACUCAAAAUAUAACGAUGGUGAUUUUGACGUGAGCCUUGAUUUGGCGGAAGAAUGUAUAGUAGGUCGAGAGAAACAAGCAAGGUUUGACAAGGUUUUGAAAAUUGAUUUUAACGGCGAUGGGAAGAAAGACGUGAUCAUUGCUUCAGAGCAUUCGAGUUCAUAUUACGAUUAUAUUGAGUUAAAGUCCAAUAAAGACGUUUCCAUCCGCGGUGGAAUUUAG